UGCCCCACCGCGUCACGACUAUCAAGCGCUACAGAAUCUCCAACGAUGUCUUAAUUUUAAUCCUCGAGAAACUCGAUCCAGUCAGCCUUUACCGGACAUGCCAGGCAUUCGAACGAGUCUACGUCCUUGUAAUGGAAUUCCAACACCUCCGUUACCGGUUCGAACUUGGUAUCAUCGGCAUGAAGGAUGGACCGGUUUCUUAUGCCAGCCGUCCACCUAUAAUGCGUGUCCAACUCUUGAUGUCCUACAAGAAGGAUUGGCCCCGACUCAAGUGGACUGAUGAACAGAAAAUCAGGGUCUCACUCGUGUCUUCUAACGUGGAGGUCUCUGGCAAUUUUCUGUACUACGCCGGCAAUCAGUCUCUGGAUUUGCUUGAACUCCCCUCCUGCCGGCUCGGACGGCUCCCUGCCCAGACCCGUCAUAUCCAUUACAUGACCAGCCCUGAGCCCGAGUCCGUUGCCGUAGACGCCUUGCAAUCGCUCAUUGUUGCUGCGCACACAAUUGGGGCCCCAAACGGUCAAAUUAGCCUGCGUCUCAGGAUUCGCAAUUUAUCCAAUUUUGACAAGCACCCGAAAGCCUUAGCAUCUCACUAUGAUUGCCCAACGCAUAUCGCGCAGCCAGUCACCAAUGUUUCGACUGCCCUUUGCGGAACUCGAGUCAUCUGCACCAUCGAAUUCGUCGGCGGCUUGGUCAAGCACUUGCUCAUCGACUGGACCACCUUCCAGGCAAUGGGGCUCGAAGAACAGGACAUCAUUUUCCUCAGUGCUCAUCAACUCCUCGGAGUCAGGAAGAUUCACGGCAAGAUGGCCCUCUAUCUCUACAACAUAUACGACAUGCGCAACGUCUUCAUCGAGCGCGAGUACGAGUUGCCUCCCAUCUGGGCCAAAUCGACGAUGCGAUUCGGUCGAAACACUGCUGAGAUUACCGAUCUUCCUCGUGCCUCUCCCGCCUUGUUCUACUGCGACCCCUCUGCUCGCGUCCUCGUUCUGACUGCGAAACAGAAUGGUCUGAACGGCCCUUCGGUGCACUGGAUGAUGAUCAACGAAUCCUUCUUCCGACCUACCGCCACGGAUAGACGCUCGGCCCCUUGGAGUUUCUGGAGCCAAUUUUGCCUCAUCAAGGAACACUCUCCCGCCGUCUUAUCAGGCGAACCGCACGUCAUCGGCAACCGGGUCGUUUAUCUUGAGAAAGACGGUACGCGCUCCGCCAGCGGUGCCGAACGUACCCGCUUGAAGAUUAUCGACUUCGCGCCGUUCCUGGAAGUCCCUCCCGCCUCGCCCAAAACAUGGACCCACAUUGGCAAAUACUCGGCCCUCAAGCCGGGCGAAUAUUACCGUGACUUCCCGCCGACCACCACAAAUGGACUGGUGGUCGAGAACAUUUGCGCCACAGAAGAUAACGUCAUACUUUCUUUGGAACCACAUGGAGGUAUAAGGCCGGUCAAUGUUCUUACCUUCGGCCCUAACCCUCCGGCCACCAAGGCCAUCCGCCACGACAUCCAGUACCACCCGGCCCUUUAAA